AUGAAUCAAACAAGAAUUUUGAGAGCUGCACAUAAACCACAUGUUCCACUUAUUAAAUUUCUUGGACGAAGAAGUAAAGAUCAAUCACCAAAAGACCCGUUGCCAAAGCUGCAUCCAAAGGCACCAAAAGGCUCUACACUUCCUUCAAAGACACUGCCUUUAUCGUCUUCUUCCGCGUUUGUCUCAUCAAACCCCAUCAUACCACAAAAUGCUAAAAAACCAUCUUUUUCUGUUCGCAUAUUCGAUUAUUCAGAAUUACCGGAUAAGUUUAAGCGAAGAGUGUUGUCAAAUGAUGAAAUUGAGAUUAUUGAGGCCGGUGGAGCGGAUUACAUACUUCGACAGCAUUGA